UCUGUUUAAGAGUUUUUGUUAACAAGCUGUAUAUUAUGAGAAACUAAAAGAAAGUUAUAAAAUUAGUUCUCAGUACAGCGACCGGAACUCUUAAACACUUGUUUGUCAUCAUCAAAAAGGGGGAAAUUGUUGGGAAAAAUUUUAUAGAUUUUGAUGAUGAUGUAUUUAGAAUGUAAUAGGGACUUUAGGUCUCCCCCAAAUAUUCAAUGUAAUUUUUCUUUUUAGAAAUAUUGUUAAAACCGAGUUCUUGAGAUUUCCAAUAAAGUUGUGAUAUUUCUUUAAGCGGUUUGAUGCCUGAAGACUUAAUCAAAUUCUGUGAUAUGGAAUUUGGAUAUCUUGAUCGGAAAUGUCAGAGACAAUGUCCAGUGGUGAGCUUUGUGUCAUCUGACCGUAGCAUGUCAUCUCACCGGCUAGGAAAUCUGGUGUACAAGGGACUAACCAUCCAAGCUGUAUCUUAUGUAGAAGGUCUCAACUAUAACCUUCUUAGCAUAAGUCAGUUUUGUGAUAAAGGUUACUCCUUGGAAUUCUGCAAGGACAUGGCAUCUCUCAAGAACAUCUCCACAAAUGAAGUCAUUCUCACUGGGAAGAGAAUCAGGAACAUCUAUGAAGUAAUGUGGGACAAUGUCAAGGAAGCAUGUCUAAUCAGCAAAGACAAGGAUGAAGAAGUCAAUGAAGGAGAUAGAAUGAAGCCCACAGAGUUCAUUCCAUUCAGAAGUCUACCACUGAAGACUUCACAGAGAAAUCUGGAUUCAGACAGUGCUGAGCCUUCCGAAAAUUUUGGCCAGCCUUCCAACAUUCCAGAUCUCUCAAACGGUGACAAUUCCGGAAAUGGCGAACCAGUGCCAAUCCAUCCGGAAACACCAACAACUUCUAUUCUUCAACCAGAAGCUGAACUAAAUCAACCAGUCAAUCCCAAUCAACACAAUCUUCGUUGGUUAAGGGAUCAUCCUCCUCAACAAGUCAUUGGAGAUAUUCAAUCUGGCGUUCGCACAAGGAGUGCCCAGCAGAAUCUAGAAGCCAUGCUUGCUUGUUUCAUCUCACAAGUUGUCGGUGCAAAUGUCCACUUCCAAAAGUUAGAAGCCAAGUGCUCAUCACCGACAUUCUUUCAAAGCUAUCUGGAAAUGAUAGCCACUCAAGAACUCUCCGAAUUUCUUCAAAUGGAGAUUCGCCUCAAAAUCGAGGAAGAAGUUCUUGAAUUCUACAGAAAUGGAGAGGUCAAAACUGCUCAUUCAAAGAAGAACCCACAGAGGACGUUUCCGGUCAUCAAGUCCACUGUUGGAGGUUCGAAAGUGAAGCUUCGCCUUCCCAAUUCUGGAGUUGAAAUUGGGAAAUUUCCAGCCAAAAAUCUGGACUGGAACAUCAUUGGAAUCUCUGGGCAAAUUCCUUCUGGCCCAACGAAGGAAGCAGAUCUAAACAACGAUUAUAAGUUGGUUUUGGAACUGGUCAUCGCCUGCCUCGAAUGUGGAAGUGGAGGUCAUGCCGAUGACAUCACCCAGGAGAGAGCCUUCAUCAUCAACUCUCUCAUUACCAAAACUAAGCUCUACUAUGAUUGGAGAGCAUGGAAAGUUGGAAAUUCAGCAGAGCAACUGAUGGAUUGGGACCAACAGCUGAAGAAUGAGAAGAUCAUCAAGAAAUGCUUAGGAUUACCAGUCAACCAUAACUGUGAAGAAAUCUUGGAUGACUAUUGGGUAUGGCAAAGGAACCAUGAAGACCUGCAUCUGGAAUACCUAGACAACUCACCAAUUUCAGAAUUUGAAGUAGAUGAUGAAGAUCCUUCAGUCUACAAACCAGUCUUCUCUAAAGCCACAAAAGAACAGGUGGUUCUCACUUCUGAAGCACAAGCAGUUUUGGAAGCAACAGCUGAGGACUUCCAAACAUUUCCGGAAACCUCACCUGCCUUUGAAACGGAAACCUCACCUGCUUUUCAGGAAACCUCACAUGCUUCUAAAAUGGUUCUGACUGAAGCUAUCCAAGAGAAGGUAGCCUCUUCCCCACAAGAACAAAACCAAAAACCAGCAGAAGAAGAAGAAUCUCAGCAACUAAUCCAGUCUCAAGCUUUAGAGAUUCUCACAACUCCUUGUGAGAUCUCCAAUCCUACUGAAACUGAGAUCCCGGAGAAGUUAGCAGAAAUUCUGGAACAGUCAACUUUUCCAGAAACAAAUGAAGAGGAGCAAGCUGUAGAAGUGCAAGAGAUAGAGCAAAUGGAAGUCAGGUAUACCCAGCUCAUAGAGAAAUCUGAAGAGAAGCACAGCGCAGAUCUCAAAGAAAUAAGCAAAUCAGUGCACAAGACUCUGGAGAUUAUCUCUCUAUUGAGUAAAACUGUGAGCAACACAAUGGAAAUAUAUGCCUCUGACAGUCAACUUCAACUCAAAGAGAUCAACAACGUCAAGGAGCAAAUAGCAAGUGUCAUAGUUAAUCUACAAAAACAGAUGUCUCUUCUCCAAAUGGACAUCAGAUCAGCCCUAGCAGUAGCUUCAGCAAAUCAAGUAGUGACCAAAGACUACUUGAAGGUGAUCAUUGACAAUCAGAAGGAAGCACAUAAACUGUUCAGACUUCUUGGCGCAAAGUCUGGAAAUCGCAAGAUGGAAGUGAUUCUUCAACAACACAGUCCAUCCUUGAUACCAGAACUCCCCAUUGCAGUCAAAGAAGGAGAAGUCUCUUAUAUCCCUUCUCAUCUGAACAUGACUAAUCUAAUCCUUGAAGCACAGCAAAGAAAUCCGGAGAACUCAGCGCAGCACCUAUCCAGCUCAGGAUUGGAUGGAACAGAGGCUAUAGGAACUGUUGCUGCUCACUUCUCAAAUGAUAACCAAACAGAGGAGAGACGCAACAAUAUAAGGCGCAUCAAAGAACUUUGUGGCAACAUGCAAGGUAUCAGUGAGGCUGCCGGAUCUUCAAAACGCAAGAAGAAUUGAAGGUUCUUUUCAUCAAACCAGGGGGAAACGGUAUGAACGAGAAGUCGAGCAAAAGGUGUUGAAGGAGCAAACGUAGCCGUUCAAGCGUCUGGCCUCCAACUUUGACACACGAACAAUCUCUGGAGUCUACUACAAUCUUUAUGCUAGUAAAGAUUAUAAUAGUAUUUUUAAUAUAAAGAUUUAAAAGGG